CGGCUGAUUCAGGCGAAUUGUUCACUCCGGCGGACAGUGUGCGGCGGAAGACCUAGCGGACUGGGAACACUCCUUGGGAAAAGUCGCGCGCGCGUUUCGCGUUCCUUAUCACACGAGUCAGACAGUGAAAGUGGAAAGUUAUCGCGAGAGUGAAAGCGAGACCCGGAGACCGUGGACUGGAGCUAAAAAAAGUAAAAAGUAACAAGCACAGAGAUAAAUCACAAGUUGCGAAUAAACAAAAGCCAGGGGAAUCGCCCAAUAAAAAGAAUCGCGCGGCUCAAACAAAUUUGUGAUAUGCGUUUGAACAUAUUCGUUGUGAAAGUGAAUUAAAUACGCCAGCAACGCGUUUCAAUUAAGCGAAAACCGGAAAAGAAAAAAGCACCAAAAUGUAUGGCUUCGUUAACUACGCCCUGGAGCUGCUGGUGCUGAAGCAUUUCGGCGAGGAAAUAUGGGAGAAGAUCAAGAAAAAGGCCAUGGUCAGCAUGGAGGGGCAGUUUCUGGUGCGACAAAUUUACGACGAUGAAAUAACAUACAAUCUAAUUGGAGCAGCUGUCGAGAUACUCAACAUUCCCGCAGAUGACAUCCUGGAGCUGUUCGGCAAGACCUUCUUCGAGUUCUGCCAGGACUCGGGCUACGAUAAGAUCCUGCAAGUGCUGGGAGCCACGCCCCGGGAUUUCCUCCAGAAUCUGGAUGCCCUGCACGACCACCUGGGCACCCUGUACCCCGGAAUGCGGGCUCCCUCCUUCCGCUGCACGGAGAAGGAUGGCGAGCUGCUCCUCCAUUACUACUCGGAACGGCCCGGCCUCGAGCACAUAGUCAUCGGCAUCGUCAAGGCCGUCGCAUCCAAGUUGCAUGGCGUCGAGGUGGAAAUCGACAUUGUCAAGCGCAAGGGAGAGCCCAUCGACGAGGCCGAGAAGGAGCGGGCCAUCGCCCGGGAAAAUCAGCAACUGCAGGAGGACUCGAUGGCCACGACGACGACGGGAUCGGCAACGGUUGUCCUGGCUCCUUCGACGGAUGCCGAGCGAAACAAUAAUCACAAUGGCAGCAAUGGCAGCAAUAAUGGAAUGCCCAACAACGGCAACAACGCCAACGUGAACAACAACAACGAUGGCCAACAGAUUGCCAGCGAGACAGAGCCCGCCAUAGCGCUAAACACGUGUCCCAUUGCCCAGGACAGCUUCGAUUGCGACGGGGACAAGGAGCAGAAGUGUUUGAGACUGCUGAAGAACAAAAGCGACGACAUCGAGCGUUACGACCACGUGCAGUUCCUGAUACGGGAGAUCAACGUGGCCGCCAAAUCCCAGGUGGAUGCCAAAAAGGACGAGGUGCCCGAUGACAUGGAGUUCCUAUGCGAAGCUCCACUCAUAUCGCCCGCCACAUUCUGCAAGGUGUUCCCCUUCCACCUGAUGUUCGAUAGGCAAAUGAAAAUCGUUCAGGCCGGCAAGGCUGUGUCUCGAGUAAUUCCCAGAGUCGCCGAGGAGAACUGCUCCCUGAUAGAGGUGGUGGAGGCCAUCCGGCCGCACCUGCAGCUCAACUUCGAGAACAUCCUGUCCCACAUAAACACCAUCUAUGUCCUGCAGACACGUCAGGGGGCCAUGAGCAGCCGGCACGAGCAGCGCUUUCUGAGACUGAAGGGACAAAUGAUGUACAUUCCGGAAACGGAUCGGAUACUCUUCCAAUGCUACCCCAGUGUCAUGAAUCUGGACGAUCUGACAAAGAAGGGACUCUACAUCUCGGAUGUGCCGCUGCACGACGCUGCCAGGGAUUUGGUCCUGCUCUCCGAGAAGUUCGAGGCGGAGUACAAGCUAACGAAGAACCUGGAGAUGCUCACCGACAAGCUGCAGCAGACCUUCCGCGAUCUGGAGAGCGAGAAGCAGAAGACCGACAGGCUGCUCUAUUCGGUGCUGCCAAAGUCGGUGGCCAAUGAGUUACGACAUCAGCGACCAGUGCCGCCCAAACGGUACGACUCCGUGACGCUGAUGUUCUCCGGCAUCGUGGGCUUUGGCCAAUACUGCGCGGCCAACACGGAUCCCGAUGGGGCCAUGAAAAUCGUUAAAAUGCUGAAUGAGCUCUACACGGUCUUCGACGCGCUCACCGACUCCAAGCGGAACCUGAAUGUGUACAAGGUGGAAACUGUUGGCGAUAAGUACAUGGCCGUUUCCGGGCUGCCCGACCACUGUGAGGAUCAUGCCAAGUGCAUGGCGCGAGUGGCCCUCGAUAUGAUGGACAUGGCCAAGAACGUCAAAAUGGGCUCCAAUCCAGUGCAAAUCACCAUAGGCAUCCAUUCCGGCGAAGUGGUGACCGGAGUGAUUGGCAACCGGGUGCCGCGCUACUGUCUAUUUGGAAAUACGGUCAAUCUCACCAGCCGGACGGAGACCACGGGCGUUCCGGGCCGCAUCAAUGUCAGCGAGGAAACCUAUCGGCUGCUCUGUCUGCCGAUCAACCAGGAUGAUUCGUUCCACUUGGAGUACCGCGGUCCCGUAAUCAUGAAGGGCAAGCCCACGCCCAUGGACUGCUGGUUCCUGACGCGUGCCACCAGCAGCGUUUUGGGUGGCAUUUCCUCGACGUCCGGCGGCGGUGGAAAUGGGAGCCUGGACUCGCCGCUGCUGCAGCCGACAACUCCAACGGCCAGCGGGCCCACGCCCAUUGGCGCAGCCACCCAGCGGGCAUCAGGACAUGCCAGCGUGUCACGUACCUCUUCUGCCGGAGGAAGCGGCGCCGGCGGGGGCGGAGGCACAUAGGAGAUGUGCAAGGACUCGUCUUGCUGCUGCUGAAACAUCCUGUAAAGUUGCCACUGCAUGCGUGACUCCAUCUGUCCGAAAGUCUGCGGCUAAAUCUGCAGGUCCUAGGACCACUUAACCACUUCAUUUCUAUGCCUUUGUGUUUGUCAUCCUUCAUCCAGCAUCCUGCAUCCCACGUUCUAUGUCCCGUGACCCGCAUCCUGCAACCCAAGUGUGUGUUCUUGGCAUCGUGUGAUUGUUGCUGCUGGCGCAUUGCGGCCGGAGCUCGAGGAACGUCGGAUCGCUGUGCAAGCCUGUGGAUUAUCCUGUAAAAAUGUUUGAAAUCAUCUAAGUGUGUGUUGCGUGAGUCCUCGUAGAUGUGUAUUAUUGUGUAAAGGAAGUGUAAUUUGUUAAUAUGUAUUUAUUAUGAUUCUACUUUGUGAUGGUUUCUUAGGCUGAACUUUUUCGUGUAACUAUAUUAAUCUAAAGGAAAACAAAAAUUACUCGAACUGUAAAAAUCGACGAGCGAAAAAAUGUAAGGCAGAUAUUCUAACUAAACCACUCAACUUUUGGGACAACUUAAUUAAGCCGUAAGCGUAAAUUAGCAUAACCACAAGGCACCAAAGAAAAAAGAAAACCAGACAAAGAGAUAUAUAAAUAUACAUAAAAUAUAUAUAUAUAGAUGUAAUUGGGUUCGUCAACUUCUAUACAGGGCUACCGACCAGCAAACAACAAACCAAAUUGUUAGAAACUCAACUGCACCAAAAAGUAAACUCUAUACAAAUGUACAAGCGAGACACACCCGAGUAUUUACAUGGAUAGAUGUUCUAAAGUCGUUAGCGCAGCAUCAAGAAAAUCUAACUAUAGGCUAAGAGCUCUCCAAACCAAAGUUCGUUUAAGUUUCCAUUGAUCUAUGGCCAUUGUUACGAAGGACAAAUCUCUACUUUACUAUAACUGAAAAAUAGCUUUAUAGUUCUUAAGCCAUCACGCCGGAAGUCUCUCUCUCUGAAAUCAUGGACUAUAGUUAAUACAUACCUAUAUAUAGAUAUAUUCAUAGCAAUAUCAAUGUGCACAGAUGCUAGUACUCUAAAAUAUAUCCAACUGUUCAGCUGAAUGUUCUUCUAAGGCAAAGCGUAGCUUAAGAUCCGGUCCAAGUGAGACUCGAUUCGUUUUUUGUUGAUCCGAGGAGGUGUUGAGUGUUAAAUCUAAGUUACUUACUUGUGUACUGUAAAAAGGCUAAGAAGUGUUAAGUGCUAAACUAACUAAGCCCUCACCCCUUAGGACCGCCCCCUACCUGUUUUCAUCUGUACACAAAAUGGAGUAAAUGUUAAAUAUGUUAAAGUCAAAUCAAUAUGUAACUGUAACCCAAGAGUAAACGCAAGAUAAGCAUACGCAGAAACAAAUAAAAAUAUUUCAUUGAACCC